AUGCAGUUUCCAAAAGAACAAGGAAAGCUGAAGUGGAAAAAAAAGACGGAGGCGCGAAAGCAGCGUGGAGAGGAUGCUUUAGAUAACCUUCACUUUCAAUAUUUUGGUUUCGUAUCCUGCGUCAAUAAUACAGUGAUGAGUUCUAAAAAGCAAUCGAAAAAGUCAACAGCAAGCAGACAAAUUGAAACUGAUAUGAAGGAAAGAAAGAAUUUAAAGAUCUUGCAUUCUCCUCUGAAGACCUCUUUAUUUUUCUUCCGAGAGUGCCUGUAUCAGUUGUCAUGUCUGGCAUCCAAUCUUUCUCGGCACAAAAUAUCUGGGUUACUCAUAACCCUCAUUAUUUUAGGCCUGUUUGUGCUGAGAAACAUCGAUGGCUCCCAUAAAGUGUCUCUUAUGUUCGCGGAAAAGAAGCUGCUCUGGUGGUCGUGGUGGGUUUUGCUUGGGUUCCUUUCCUCCUGCGGCUUCGGAUCAGGACUGCAUACAUUUGUUUUAUAUCUGGGUCCCUUUAUCGCCCAAGUCACAAUGAGUGCCUACAUCUGCAAAAGCCUUAAUUUUCCUGAACCGCCUUACCCUGAGAAAAUUGUCUGCCCAGAACAAGGAAGUCCAAAUGAAGUUGUUACCUUUUUCAAUAUUGUACGGAAAGUACAGGGUUUUGGCACUGCCAUGGGAGAACUGCCUCCUUACUUUAUGGCCAGGGGUGCCAGGCUCGCCAGUAACGUUCAGACCGAAGAGUUUGAACUGACCGGGAAGCCCUCCUCUUCAUCCUCGGAGACAGAAGCCGACCCGCUAGCAAACGGCAAUACCCAAGCCUCAACAUCUGCCACGAAGCCUCUUUCUAGAUAUCAGCGCCUAGAAAUGCUUUUGCAAAAAAUAGUCCUACGGGCUGGUUUUUUCGGAAUAGUUCUUUGUGCUUCCGUUCCAAACCCCCUGUUUGACCUAGCUGGCAUGACCUGUGGCCACUUUCUCGUUCCCUUCAGCACCUUCUUCGGUGCCACCUGUGUUGGCAAGGCUCUGAUCAAAGUUCACAUUCAGCAGUUCGCUGUCAUUGCUGUGAGCUCCGAAAACCACAUCGACACUCUAGUCCAUUACAUAGGCCGGAUUCCUGUGAUUGGCGACAAACUCCAACAGCCCUUCAUGGAGUAUCUUCAACUACAGAGGGAGAAGUUGCAUAAUAAAGUCGUUGAUACGGUAAGCCUGCUUUUGCUUCACAAACUUAUCUGCCAAUAA